AUGGAGGACGGCGGGGAGCGGAGCCCAUUGCUGGGGGGGACACCCCUCAAGGGGCGAGGGGCGGCGUGCGCGGCCGUGCUGGUGGUGGAGGGUCUGGAGCGGGCGGCUUUCUUCGGCAUCACGGCCAACCUGGCGCUCUACCUCACCAGCGGCACCUUCGGCUGGGGGGGUACGCAGGCAUCCCGCGCCUGCCUGCUCUUCCUGGGGGCUUCCUACCUGCUCUCGCCCGUCGGCGGCUGGCUGGCCGACGUCUACCUGGGCCGCUACGGCACCGUGGUCCUCAGCUUCUUGCUGUACUUGCUGGCGGCGUGCCUGCUGCCCCUCACCGCAUCGCUGGACGGGCGCCUCUCGGUGUGCGGGCAGCUGCCUGCCGACACCAUCCGAAACUGCUCGUGGCACCGCGGUGGGACGUGCCGGGGGCAGCUCCCCGAGCAGUACUGUGCCCCCACCAUCUACAGCGGCCUCCUGCUCUUGGCGCUGGGCGUCAGCUCCGUCAGAGCCAACCUCACCCCCUUCGGCGCCGACCAGGUGAGGGACCGGGGCGGUGACGCCACGCGGCGCUUCUUCAACUGGUUCUACUGGAGCAUCAACAUCGGGGCCGUCUUCUCCCUGCUGGUGGUGGCCUUUGUCCAGCAGAACAUCAGCUUUCUGGCCGGCUACCUCAUCCCCGUCGCCUGUCUGGCCUUGGCCCUCCUCAUCUUCCUCCUGGCCACCCCCACCUUCGUCACCAAGCCCCCCACGGGCAGCCAGAUCUCUGCCAUGAUCAAGCUGGCCCUGCAGAUUUGCGGUUGCGCCUGGCUGAGCGGUCACUGGUGGGAGGCUGGGGACCCUCUCCCCAACAGCGGAGCCCAGCCUGGAGCCCCUUCGCCCGAGGAGGACCUUGCCAACUUCCAAGUGCUGGCCCGGAUCCUGCCCGUGAUGCUGACCUUCAUCCCGUACUGGAUGGUCUACUUCCAGAUGCAGUCGACGUAUUACCUGCAAGGUCUGCACCUCCACCUCCCCAGCAUCUUCCAGCAUGGCCAGGACCGCGUCAGCACCCUCCAGGGCUACACGUUCCCAGAUGCUUGGCUACUCCUGGCCAAUGUGGUGGUCUUGCUGGCCUUGGUGCCCCUGAAGGACCACGUCAUCGACCCCUUCCUAGCCAGGCAGAGGCUGCUGCCCUCGGCUCUCAAGCGGAUGGCCCUGGGCAUGUUCUUCGGCCUCACCUCCAUCCUCGCGGCAGGCAUCCUGGAGCGGGAGCGGCUGCAGUACGUGCGCCGCAACCAGACGGUGCUGCAGCUUAUCGGCAAGGACCGCUACCUGGCUGCCACGUUGCCCAUCUGGUGGCAGGUCCCCCAGUACCUGCUCAUCGGCAUCAGCGAGCUCUUUGCCAGCAUCCCUGGCCUGGAGUUCGCCUACGCCGAGGCUCCCAAGUCCAUGAAAGGAGCCAUCAUGGGCCUCUUCUUCUUCAUCUCCGGGGUGGGCUCGCUGCUGGGGUCGGGACUGCUGACCCUCCUCUCGCUGCCCACCCACAGGUGGAUGCGCUGCCCGAAGGACUACGGGAGCAUCAAUAGCUGCCGCAUGGAUAACUACUUCUUCUUGCUGGCGGGGAUCCAGUCGGUCACCUGCCUGCUCUUCGCCUGGAUCUCCAGGCGCUACCAGAGCCGGCCGCCGCAGCCGGGUGCCCCCCACCUCUGCACGGGGCCGGAGGGAGACUGA